UAGUUGACAUAGUGUUGUUCUUUAUAAAAGCAGCAUUUGGAGAACAUACUCAUUCAUCUUCAAACACAACACCAAAAAAAAAUGGCCAGGACCAGGCUACCAGCAAUGCAAAUUCUAUCUGCUUUUGUACUCGCUGCUCUGCUGCACCAUGCAGAAGCACUCACCUGCACUCCAUCUUGUUUGAAUGAUGAGGCUUGUGUCACUAAUGCUGGUGUUUCAUCUUGUAUAUGUAAUAGUACCUACUAUAAGGGCAAGACUAUUUCAAAUUUGCAGCCAUCUGUGACAUGUGAUGGAAAAGGUACAAUUACACCAAAAUUUAGUAUAUGUCUUCUGAACUACCUUGGAUAUAAUGAGACAACAAUUCAGCUGAAAGAUCAUGCUAGUGACAACUGCAGUUCUACCUAUACUGAAGUUGAUGCUAAUAAUGUGCGCGUACAGGCUCUUCAAGUUAAAGCUCAGGUUGGACAGUGCGGAAACAGAGUAACGAUUGCCGAUUCAAAAGUGACUUAUCAAAACACACUUCGCAUUGACAUUCUGAAAAAAUUACUGGCAGCUGCCAAUCCUAUUGAAGUCAACUUCAGUUGUUCUUACAAUCUGACAAUGCAGAGCAGCCUCAAUGUCACUCUUAAUCCAAUCGUGAGUACCACUAACCUCCCAGGACUCUAUGGAGAAGGAUCAUAUCCCCUUACCUUGGCUGCUUUCAAGAGUCCAUCAUACACUGAUCCAUUUCAGAAUGGGGAAAGUGUAAAUGUGCAAACAAAUGUAUACCUGGGCUUCCUUAUUAAUGGUCCAGAUGGAGCUAACUUUACCCUAAGAGUUGUGAAAUGUUUUGCAUCUCCUUACAAUGCUCGGAAUGACAAUGAUCCCAACAAUGUUCCAAUAGUGGAAGGAGGUUGUCCAGCACCUGAUGCCGAUUUUGAUGUGGCAGUAGAACAAAAUGGAGUUGCAUUGGAAUCCAGGAUAAGAUUUAGUGCAUUCAAAUUUCAGGAUUUUGACACUCUAAACAUUUUCUGUGAUGCACGACUGUGUGACAAAUCUGAGGGCUGUACUGGGUGUAAAGCAGGCAAAGCCUCUGAUCCAAGCCUAGGUGCAGUGUCGCUGUCUUUGAAUUUGGAUGGUCAGGUCAAUUCAGGCAGCUCAGGAACCCAUGCAGCUUUUUCUGCCACCAUGAUGAUCAGCUGCCUACUGAUGUUUGUCUUCAAUAAACUCUACUGAGAAGUCUCCUAAGGAUUGCUAUGAAGAGAUAUGAAGGAAUCAGUCACAUGAUUAUACACUUAUAAUAAGCAUCUUAUUCUUAAGAUUUAGAAAUUAUUUAUUUUUCUACACUAUAUAUCUCUUAUCAGAGACGAAAAAUAAGAUUUCAUUCAAACUUAGAGAUCUGAAGUUUCAACUCAAUAAUAUUUUGAGCUUUUACUGUCUUUCAUAAUUUUUAAACAUAAUCAAACCAUUUCUGCUUAGAUAUGAUCACUAAAACUUGCUUUUUUAUGUAGUCUGGGAUAAGCAUCUGCUACAAACUCAAUGUAAUGAUAAACUGUAAUGUGCGUGUUUUACCUAUGUUUGAAUAAACUAAUGUAUUGCUCUGAAA